CGCCGGAAGAAUCGCGAGAAAACGUGAGAUUUAAAUCCUAAACAACGUUAAGGUCCGGGUUAGGUCAAUAGUGCUAAAAAAAAAAAAAAAAAAAAAAAAAAAAAAAGUAAAAUCACAGAAACCUACCGGUACAAGUAACAAUAACAGUGAACGGUGCAAUGAAUUUCAAAAACUGUCGCUCGGUGCUGGUUACGGGAGCAAGUCGUGGGCUCGGCCUGCAGAUUGUGGAGAGCCUGGCAACUGGAGGAUUCUCACCUGGCAAGAUUAUAGCCACGGUCAGGAACCCUGCGACCGCACAGAGACUUCAGGAACUGGCUGAGGCGCAUCCCAACAUUUACAUCAUCACCUUGGAUGUGGUGAGCCAGGAGAGCAUAGACAAGGCUGCUGAAGAGGUGGGCCAGCUGUUGCAGGAAGAGGGUCUCAACUGCUUGAUCAACAACGCAGGGAUCAAUGUGGUGGCUGACUUCCAGACGGUUACUGCAGAGAUGAUGGUAGAGAACUUCCGCACCAAUUCUGUGGCUCCUCUCAUGAUCACCAAGGCGUUCCUGCCUCUGUUAAAGCACGCAGCAUCCCGAGGAGGAGCAGGCAGUGCAGGGGGCAUGGGCAUCCACAGGGCAGCCAUCAUUAACAUAACCUCUCUGCUGGGCUCUGUUGAACUGUACUGGGGGGAGAGGGCCAACACUUUUAAAUGGUACCCCUACAGAACAUCUAAGAGUGCCCUAAACAUGGUGACGCGCUGUAUGGCAGUGGACCUGGAGUCUGAAGGAAUUCUCUGCAUGGCGCUGCACCCAGGCUGGGUACGCACCGACAUGGGUGGACAGGAGGCUCCACUUAGUCCAGAAGAGAGCAUUUCUUCCAUCUUGUCUGUGAUGGGUGAACUGACUGAAAAGGAUUCUGGUUCAUUUCUGCACUACACAGGAGAGCCAUUGCCUUGGUGACCGCAGCUGUCAUAGUUAUGAGUAGGAUGACUGAGCAGUGCUGCUUGAACUUGAUGUUUAGUCUGCUACGAUGCACUUACACUAUUGAUGGAUUAGAAUGCACAGUGUUAAAGACUCAUGAAGGAUGUUUUGUUUUAAACACUAUUCAGAUCCCAUUGUUAUGCAAAUAUGGUUUCAUUUUAAUGUUCAUAAAGAUCCUUAUAAAAUAAUCCAUAGUCAAUAUACAUCAUCAAAAACAAAAGCAAUGUUGCUGUCUAAUAUUGUAAGGCUAUAGGGAACACUAUCCCUAAUCCCAAAUGUCAUUUACUAGGAUUCAUUAAUUUACAUGACAUUGCACAUAACUGACAAUGAAGCAUUUGUAUGUGGAUAUAGACUACUUGUCUGUAUGACUCAUAUUACAAAAAUGAGUAUUGGUGAAAAUGUCCUUUAUUCUUCAAAGCUUUUUUUGGGUAAAAUCCCGGUGUGAAUCCAUCCUUAUUUACCUUCUGUUCUAGGCCCAAAUUUAUUAACUGGAAGCACAUGGCCGUCCUUUGUGUUGGAAGGUUACUUUUUAAAACGUGUUAUAGAUGACAGAUUAUCCAUGAAAUCCACCAGAAUACUGAAACUCACUGAGGUGGACUGCUUAUUUUGUAAAACUGAGACUAUGCAAGUGUUUUGUGAAGACUUAUUAAUUUCAGUUGUUACUAUUGGUGAUUAAGCACUUUUACUAAUAAAUGAAACUGUUGGGAAAAAAGUAAAAAAAAAAGAAAAAAAAAAAAAAAAGAAGGUAAAAACAAGUUACUAUUCUAUUCUGAAUCCUGUGUUCUCUUAGAGUUACAGAUCAGAAUAGGAUUAUGUUGAAAAAAUUCUGGUGUUUAACUUUUAUAAAGCAUGUUGCACUGUUGCUAGGCAAACCAUAAGCUUAACUUCCAGGCUGUUAAUUUAGAAAUGUGUUUGAUCUGUUAUGAAGAUCAUUGCUGCAUUGAAUGUAUUUGGUACAAACAUGUAUUACAGAAAUAGCAGUGUUGCCAUUGUGAAGUUGAAGCAGUAAUAAAACUUCGUCUUUGUGUGUUUAGGA